AUGGAGAGUAUUGAUGAUAUUUUCAAGAAACCAUCACAUCCCUCCAAUAGCAAGCGAAAGCUUGAACCGGCGCGAGAUCCAACUGAAAUAUACAAAGCCGCGAAACUAGGCGCUAACGGAGAUGCAAAGGGAGGCAAAGUAGCUACUGUUGAAGACGAGCAUGAGGACGAUGUUGCUGGCCCGGAAAUCCCACCGGACUUCGAGGAAGAUGUCCCAGACGAUGAGGAGGGUAGAUUCUUUGGGGGUGGUGUGACCAAGGACACAACAAAUGCUUUGGACUACAUUGACAAGCAUGAGAAUGAAGGCUCCGCGCCUCAUGUUAUCGACUCAGCUUGGUUACGCAGGACCGCUCUGAACUUUGAGAGAAAGAUAUCAAAGAAUGCUGAGCUUCGGGUUAAAUUUGAAAAUGAACCGCAAAAGUUCAUGGCAUCCGAAGCUGAUUUAGACGUCGAUAUAAAGUCCCUAUCAAUCUUAUCAGAACACCCAAAUCUCUAUAAAGAAUUUGCAGAACUUGGCUGCGCUGGGUCUCUGGUUUCCUUGUUAACUCACGAAAAUACCGAUAUAUCGAUUGAUGCGAUAGAAAUCCUUGGUGAAUUGAUUGAUGAGGAUGUCGAAGCGGGAGAAGAUCAGUGGGAUACUCUCACAAACUCCAUGCUGGAUGCAGAUAUUCUUGAGCUUUUAUCCCAAAACCUUACUAGGUUAAAUGAGGAUAACGAGGUAGAUAGAUCUGGAAUAUACCACAUAUUAGAUAUCCUGGAAAGUCUGGCCUCGAGACCAUCAAUCGCAGAACGCAUUGGACAAGAGUCCAGCAUCAUGCCUUGGCUCCUUGAGCGUAUAUCAAAGAAAGAAAGCAGAAUAUCUCAAAAUAAGCAAUACUCAGCUGAGAUGCUUGCAAUAUUACUACAGUCUUCAUCAAAGAACCGACUGCGUUUUAUUGGGUUAGAUGGAGUGGACACACUACUCCAGCUAUUGAGUGUAUACCGAAAGCUCGAUCCUCAAAAAGACUCCGAUGAAGAAGAAUAUUUUGAGAACUUGUUUGAUUGUUUAACUUGCAUUGUGGAUGAGGAUGAAGGGAAAAACAAGUUUAUCGAAGCAGAAGGCAUUGAGCUUGCACAGAUUAUGCUUCGUGAGGGUACACUGAGUAGGCCGAGGGCUUUGCGUGUUCUAAACCAUGCCCUUGGUGGACAAGGCGGGUCACAGGCGUGUGAAAAGUUCGUUGAGGCCGGGUUAUUGAGAACAGUCUUCGGCAUGUUCAUGAAAAAGCAAGAUAAAUCGAUUACAGAACAUCUUUUGGGGAUAUUUUCAUCGUUGCUGAGGCUACUCCCUGGUGAUACGGCUGGGCGGAUACGAACUUUAGCAAAAUUUGUGGAGAAGGACUAUGAGAAGGUUGAAAGAUUGAUUAAACUACGACGAGAUUAUAAAUCCAAGCUCUCAAUUGUAGAGCAAGAUAUCACCCAAGAGAAGAAAGAUCUGAGUCAGGAUGAACAAGAUGCUCUGGCAGGAGAAUGGCUAUCGCGACAGCUUGACGCUGGACUCUUUUCACUACAGACUAUAGACGUAAUCCUUGCUUGGCUUGUGGCCGAGGAUGAUGGCGCGAAAGUGAAGGUAGAGUCGCUUAUGGCAGAUCAAGAUGAAGAUCUAAGCAGCAUUCGUGCCACGCUCCAAGAACAACUGAGUGGGCUUGAUGAUUCUGAGCAGGAUUACCAGGAUACUAAAGACAUUCUCAACACUUUAAUGAGCUUUCUAUAG